CCGUCAUCAUGGAGCAAAUUGUGGAUGAAGGGGACGUUGCCGAAUGAAAUUUUGAAGGCAAUCGUUGGCUUUGUGGGUGUGUAGUAGUAUUUGUCAAAAUUGAAUAUUUCGCAAAUAUUCGCACGAAUAUCUGUAAGAAUCAAUGCCAUUUUUCAGUUGGAAUAAUUUUCUCCAAAUUGAUGCUGGACUUUAUGACUUCUCAAUUAAACUUUCAUGCUGCAGUAGUUUACUGGUUUUUUGUCGUGUUUGGCAUUGUGCUAACGUUCGGACUGACAUUUUCGGACACGGCAAGAUGCCUUUUUAUUUUGACGAUUCCACAAUUUUUCAAUUCGAAAGGGAGGGCUGCCUUGCUUGGGUAUUUAUUCGUUUUAGCGUUGUCUGGACCUGGUAAAAAUACAGCGAUGAAUAUGGAAGUUUUAACGGAAAGCUUGGUUUGCGGUCAGGUAUUUAAAAAUGUUUAUUUCCAGCGUUCUAAAUUUCGAAGUUUGGGGGCGUUAACAAUAAAUUGUGAUAUGCAGGAAAUGGUCAAAGAGUCGACACAGGAACUCGUUUCACUCGCCACAGCGCCAUGGUCCGCACUGAAGACUGCAGUGUCAGUUAUUAUCGAGUCUUUGGGGGGUGUUGUGGGCCGGAUGCGGAAGGAACUUUCUGGAGUUGUCGAUGUCAUUUAUGACAUAAGUGUGUUUCUAUCCUUGUGUUUUAUUUACCUAAAUAUGCGCCUAACUUUUUCGAUUUCGAUUUUAGUAAACAUAAUUAAAAGAGCGUACGCCCUCUUGAAAAAUGUGGCUGAUAUGUGCAACUCCAAGGUGGGGACACCUUUCGACCGUUGCAUGACCGCUUUUGACGAAGCGUCUCGUGAGUGCACACGAGAAAUGGGAAAAACUUUUAGUUGGAUGUGCUCCCCUUUGGAUGUCUUUCGACAUUUUUGCCAAUUUGCCAAAAUUCCAAGUGCGAUAUUUUGCUGGGUUCCGUCUCUAAUUAAGGAACAUAUAUUUGAGCCGUUGAAAGAACGUAUAACUUUACAAACAUUAUAACCCAAUUCAUAAAUAUUUGGAAAAUACAUUUGCUACCAUUUUUCUCACUUUUUUGCAGAUUUUAAAACAUUUGCCAACAGUUUUUCAAGAUUCUUUGACCUCAAACCACUCAACUUCACGUAUGAAUUUAGACAUGAAUUGACCCAGGACAAAACUUUGGGUGAAAUUGCAAGAAAUAUGAAAGCCGAGAUUAUGGGGCAUGUCUCCUGGUUCUUGGACUAUGUCGAUUGGAUGGAUCUUGCCAUCUCUGGCUUUAUGCUGCUCGUCAUUUGGAAGGCAUUCACCUACCGCUACAAAUACCUGAAUAGUGACGAAUAUGACAAUUACUAUCUGAGCAAAGCCAUGAUUCGAAUGGACUUGAGGAGGAAAAAGAUAGGAAAAGCGUCCAUUUUUCCAUUGAGAUAUCGCGAGUGUAAAAUCUACGUGCAGACAUUCUCAUGGACAUUAAUCAAGGAAGAAAUGAGACAUAGACAGCUAGCAUUUAUAUUCGUCUCAAUUGCAGCCGUACAAAUUUGCAACUAUAUUUUGAUGGACUAUUUGCUCUACAGUUUUCUGGAGCUUAUCCGAGAAUACGGUAGCGUUAAGUUGGACACGAAAGAGGCUCUCGGAUUCGCAUUUACAAUCGAAGGGGAAGGUUUUAUAGCGGAAAUGUAUCGCACAAUUUUGAAAGGAUUAAGCCCAAUGGGUGGUUUGUUGCCUUCAUUCGACACCACAAAAUGCCUCCCAGUCGCACACACGCCAAAUUACUUGCAAUACGCUUUAAUCCAUCCAGUGUCCCUGCUGCUCCUCUGUUUCUUUAUUGCUGCAAUGGAGCCGUACGGACUUCGACUUCGACACAUAAUUUGUGGAUGGAUUUAUGAAAAACGUGUCGUACAGAGGGAAACGUGGCUUUAUCAACACAUUCUCAGCACAAGGGACAACUUUCUGGAUUUUGCGAGAAGUCAAAUCAAAGCUCAAGUCAAGGGGGACCGAUCCGUGUAUCGAGUCAGUUUAAUGGACAGAAUAUUUCACACGUACGUUAUUUAUGUACGACUUGUCAAUGUUGCUUGUCAAGUGCUUAUGCAAUUUUUUCCCCUUUUUGGUUCCAAGAAUUCCGUUCUGUAAACGCUUUUUUAAAACUCACACAAAAAAGUGCUUCCUGUGCGGACGACCAGGAGAGUUGGAGGAUUUUGAGUAUUUCGUAGAAUGUCCAAACUGCCACACGGUGUACUGUAAGGAAUGCUUUGCUGAUAUGGGACAGAAAUGCUUGGCUUGCAUGAAACGAAUCAAUUACGAAGAGUUGUCUGAAUUCAGUGAAGAAUUGUAAGUACUUGUCUGGAUUUUAGCUACUAGAAAGGUCAAUAAUGGUCAAUGAUUGGU